CGGACGCGGUCUACUGACUAAUCUUUUUUUUCUUCUGCAGUCUGUUUUUUUAGGCUGGCUUUUAUUUUAUUUCUUUAUGUUUCAUAUAAUGGCAGAAAGUAGCUUCAUAAUCCUGAAGAACCGUUAGCUUCUAAAGCAGCAACAAUUAGUUGUUCUGGUUUGUUAGUUAAUUUAAUUAAGACCUCCUGGCAGAAAAAAAGGUCUCAUUCUGGAUCUGGAUCUUGAUCCAAUGUCCUCCACUCUUUAGCGUCGGAUCUGCGGAUGGCGUCUGUAGUCUGCACCCUGCGAGACCAUCAAGACGACAUCAACUGGUGCGCCUUCUCCGCCAAACUGUUGGCCACCUGCUCCGGGGACAAAACCCUCAGGAUAUACAAUGCUGAAGACUUCUCCGAGCUGCCUUUCUCACCCCUGAAGGGACACGGCUACAGCGUCCACUGCUGUUGCUUCAGCCCCUGCGGCCAGCUCCUCGUCUCCUGCUCCACAGAUGCGACCGCGGUGGUGUGGUCCACGGUCACGGGGGACAUCGAGGCCGUCCUGGAGCAUCCCGGCCGCAGCCCCGUUCGGAUCUGUGCGCUGUCUCCCAACGCCGCCCACCUGGUGUCAGGUGCGUCUGACGGCACUUUGGCUCUCUGGGAUUUCCACUCCAAGAGGCUGUCCAGGACUGGAGGAGUGAGAGACACAACAAUGGUAGCUUGUUCCUUCAGCCCUUGCAGUCAGAUGUUCAUGACGGGCUCCACCUAUGGAGAUCUGCGUCUGUGGGAUCUGCACUUGAACCAACUCCUCGCGAAGAAGGAUGCCCACGACCUGGGGGUGUCCUGCUGCAGCUUCGCUCCCAUCAUCCUCAGCUGCAACCAAGUUGUGCAGUUUCGUUUGGCAUCCUGCGGACAAGACUGUCACCUGAAGAUCUGGGUUAUUAACAAGUUCACCUAUGGAGGCUUUGACAUGGUGCUCCUACAUACGCUAACCGGCCAGACGGCUCCGGUCUUCUGCUGUGCGUACUCCUCUGAUGGGCAGCUGCUUGUGUCUGGCUCAGUGGACAAAAGCGUCAAGGUCUAUGAUGCGAAUAAUGCCGUUCUGCUUCACACACUGAACCACCACGAGAGGUAUGUGACAGCAUGCGCCUUCCAUCCAACAUCACCACUGAUCGCCACCGGGUCCAUGGAUAAAACCGUAAACGUCUGUCGGCUGGAGGACGGACGCAGAGGAGGGAAGUCGUCGUCGCCUGGAAAAGCCGUGGCGGGCCGAUCGAAGCUGCUGGUCGCCGAUUGGUCGGAGGGGGACGUGUCAGAGUGGCUGGUGGAGGAAGGACUCCAGGGAUUGGUGGACAAAUUCAAGGCCAACAACAUAGAUGGGACAGAGCUGCUGAGUCUCACCAAGGAGACGCUGGCGUCAGAGCUGGGCAUAGAGUCUGUCGGCCUGCGAGGUAAACUCCUGAGGAAAGUGGAGGAGCUGAAAAGUGAUUCCAUGUCCUCGGGGGUUCCUGAUGAGUUUCUGUGUCCGAUCACCAGAGAGCUUAUGAGGGAGCCUGUCAUCGCAGCUGACGGCUACUCGUACGAAAGGGAGGCAAUCGAGAACUGGAUCCACACAAAGAACCGUUCCAGCCCAAUGACCAACCUUCCCCUGCUGACAACACUCCUCACGCCCAACCACACCCUGAAGAUGGCCAUCAGCCGCUGGAAGACCAGCCAGUAGCGUCCUCCGACCUGGUCGGCGUGUUUCCUUCUGAAGUCGAUACAAACAAGAUGCGACUGCUUCUGAUUUAUUCUCACGGUGAGGUUCUUUGCGGAGGAGCAAAGCUGGAUUAGGUAAGGAUGAAGAUUAAGUGUAGAUCUGUCCGACUCUAACGUCCUGUAAUAUCGGAGGCCGGCAGCUGCACCGCAGCAGAGACUGAGAUCUGUUUGUCACCACUGCUGACAGACAGUGUGUUGCUAAAAAAAUAUAAUAAAUAUGUAAUAAUCAGUUUAAAAAGUCACAAAAAAAAAGAAAACCUUUCAUUAGUUGAUUUUUAUUCAAGUUCCACAGUUAUGUUUAUAUUUACUUUAUAAGUGGGUUCACAAUUAUGUCAGAACAAAUUAGAGGAGGGUGAUAUGAUGAUGUUGGAUCAUGAAGAACUAGAAUGUGUUCUGGAGAGUCAGAAAGUCAGAGUUGGUCAAACUGAACAACAUGUGUUGCCACCUGCCCACCUUAUUAUGGGAUAUGUCGGCAUUAUGAAUACCUCCUGAAGUCUUAAUAUGAAUCAGCCUGAGCUGUGAGAAUCUGUUGUCGGAGAACAUGGUGAUGUUCUUCUUCGCCUGAACUCUUUCUGUUGUUUAUUUCUAGAAACGCUGCAUUAAAGAUAAAUAUGUUCAUUUCCAGAAAUGAGACCUUUACCUGAAAUACUGCUGAUCACCACUUGGUGCAUAUUUUGAAGCAUCUCUGGCCUCUUACAUUGACUUGCACUUAAAAUCUGUAAAGAGGAUGAUUAAAGUUACAGUGCCAAAUUUAUUGGUACCCUUAAUAAAGAUGUGUAAAAAAAAUC